GCAAUACCAGUGGCAGAGCUGGGUUUGAAGCUCUGGCUGGGUCCAAAAAUGGCAUUCUUACCCUGACACCCUUAGCAGCAUUUCUAACCCUACUCUGAGGGGCUGAAAUAAAUUAGACUUGACACUCACCUUGGCUUUUUCUCCCUUUUCUCAGACUUCAUGCCCUUGUUUUCUUCCUGCAAACCAGGUGGCAUGACGCCUUCUCCAGAAAAAUUGUUCUUCAGGCAGAGUCAGGGUUUAGAACUCAGGGUGCAUACCCUUAAAGGCUGCGCUUCACUUUGUUUCCUUUGGCAAUGAAGACAUUACUUGCAUCUGAGUGUUUUGGUUUUCCCUUGGAGCCACAGUAUUCAUGAGAUCAGCCUGUUUCCUCUGACUGUGUCAUGGGGCUGAGAAUGAGACAGGCCUUAAAUAGAAGGUGUGACAGGGUCUACGAAAGGUUGCUCACUGCACACCCAUUGUGACUUUCAGCUUCUGGAUCACCAAUCCUACUUCUUCCCCUGGGAAAGCAGCGUUGGCCAUAGGAGUGCAGCCCAUUCUCUAGGCUGCUGCAGUGCUAGUGAUGUCAGAGGAGGCCCAAGGAGAGAGCUGCUUAAUAUAGUGGAUUACUGCAGCCCACCAGCAGGGCGGUAACACCGUUUCUUCCAGCUUCCUUCCAGUACCACCAAAGAAUGUAACAGGCAGGAGCCUGAGACCUUUUAGAGCAACAGAGUUCCUGCUUUCUCCAGAGGGUGUGUCAGCGCUCCUGGGGCUCUGCCUGGGGCUUCUGGGUCAUUUGGGUUAUCCUAGAGAUGAAUCCCCUUUCCGCCACUGACUUGGUUCUUACUCGUCAUUCAGUGAAGACGCCUGGGCUGGGAAAGGUGCUGUGAUCUGCUGGCUUUAGGGAUGGGCAAUGCCGUUGAAAAACAGAAGCCCCUGAGACAAAGCCAUCUGUGCCCCUGGAAACAAGACUCUCAGCGUUCUCAUCUCUCCUCCUUCACCAUGAAGCUGAUGGACAAAUUCCACUCUCCCAAAAUCAAGAGAACACCAUCCAAGAAGGGAAAGCCAGCCGAGGUGUCGAAGAUUCCCGAGAAGCCUGUAAGCAAAGAGGCAAGAGACAGAUUUCUACCAGAGGGCUACCCUAUCCCCUUGGAUCUGGAGCAGCAGGCAGUAGAAUUUUUGUCCACCAGUGCUGUGGCUUCCAGGUCUCAGAGGCAGAAGAACUUGUGCUGGCUGGAGGAAAAAGAGAAGGAGGUUGUCAGUGCCUUGCGCUACUUUAAGACCAUUGUGGACAAAAUGGCCAUUGAUAAGAAGGUUCUGGAGAUGCUCCCAGGGUCAGCCAGCAAGGUGCUGGAGGCCAUCUUACCCCUGGUACAGACUGACCCUCGGAUCCAGCACAGCUCAGCCCUCUCCUCCUGCUAUAGCCGAGUAUACCAGAGUCUCGCCAACCUCAUCCGAUGGUCUGACCAGGUGAUGCUAGAGGGUGUGAACUCAGAAGAUAAAGAGAUGGUGACGACUGUGAAGGGGGUCAUCAAAGCUGUGCUGGAUGGAGUGAAGGAGCUAGUCAGGCUAACCAUUGAGAAGCAGGGGCGGCCAUCACCAACAAGCCCAGUGAAGCCUAGUUCCCCAGCCAGCAAGCCUGAUGGCCACCCUGAGCUCCCUCUGACAGACCGGGAAAUGGAGAUUCUGAACAAGACGACAACAGGUGUGUCACCAUCCGCUGAACUGCUCCCAGACUCCACUAGUGAAGAGGUCGCACCCCCUAAGCCCCCCUUACCUGGCAUUCGGGUGGUUGAUAACAGUUUGCCUGGAUUUUCUGUCUCUUCUAGUCCUCCAGCAUUACCACCCAAGAAAAGGCAGUCAGCUCCAUCCCCUACCCGAGUGGCUGUGGUAGCCCCUAUGAGUCGAGCUACCAGCGGCUCCAGUUUGCCGGUUGGAAUCAAUAGGCAGGACUUUGAUAUUGACUGUUACUCCCAGAGGCGCCUGUCAGGAGGCAGCCGCUCCUGCGGUGGUGAGUCUCCUCGCUUGUCCCCCUGCAGCAGCACAGGCAAACUCAGCCGGUCAGACGAGCAGCUGUCUUCCCUAGACAGGGAUAGUGGGCAGUGCUCACGGAACACAAGCUGUGAAACACUAGAUCACUAUGACCCCGACUAUGAAUUCCUCCAGCAAGACCUCUCCAACGCAGACCAGACCCCUCCACAGGCGGCCUGCAGCCUCAGCCCACUGCCGGAGUCCCUGGGGGAGGCUGGGCCACCAUUUCUUGGCCAUCCAUUGCAGCUGCCUCUGGGCAGCUGUCCCCAGCAGGAAGGGCAGCAGACAGACACUCCACCUGCCCUUCCUGAGAAGAAGCGCAGGAGUGCAGCCUCCCAGACUACGGACAGCUCUGGCUGCAGGGUGUCCUAUGAGCGACACCCUUCACAGUAUGACAACAUCUCAGAAGAUGACCUGCAGAACCCAACCCCAGUCCAACCUGUGCCCUACACACCCUUUGCUGCUAUCCUGCCCUUUCAACAGGGAACUUCCCCAGCCCCUGUUGAGUUUGUGGGUGAUUUCAGUGCUCCAGAGUCAGCGGGUGACCCCGAGAAGCCACCUCCUCUACCAGAGAAGAAAAACAAACACAUGCUGGCCUACAUGCAGCUGCUUGAGGACUACUCAGAGCCACAGCCCUCCAUGUUCUACCAGACGCCGCAGAGUGAGCACAUCUACCAGCAGAAGAACAAGAUGCUCAUGGAGGUCUACGGCUUCAGCGACUCCUUCUGUGGCAGUGACUCUACGCAGGAGCUGGCCCCCCCACCCGCCCUGCCCCCCAAGCAACGGCAGCUGCAGGCCUCCUAUGCUGCUUCUUCCUUCUCUGUCUCCUACUGUGUCCAGCAAACUAAAGUGGCCUUCACCCCCGAGGACGGCAGUGCCGCUCAGGGCCUCAGUGUAUCCGUGUCUAACUCCUUUCUCAACCGGCACGGCAGCUUGCCUGUGCCCUCGUACAAAUCUGUGUUUAGGUCUUACUCCCAGGACUUCAUGCCUCAUCACCAAGCCUCCGUCCAACCUUUCCUUCCGCCUACCUCCUCUUCCUCUCCACAUUUCCCACCUGUCCACGCGUCCCAGAGCUCGGACUUAGCGGUGCCCACCGUAAGCAGUCCGCCUCCCAGCACCGUGGACGGGCCUCUCUCGUCUUCUCAGGACAGCAGCUCUCAUGGGAACCCUGUCCGCCUUCCUUCUGAAACCUCUUUCACUGACUCGAGUGAAAAUGCCACCAGUGAGGAGGUUGGUGGGGAUGACUAUGUCAAUCUGUACUCCUCUGGCCAGACCAGCAAGGAGCCGGCUCCCUCUCGAGGAGAGCCACCAUCCGGGAAGGACGGGCAUCCCAGAGAUCCCUCGGUCAACAGUGCUUCUGGGAAGGACAGCAGAGAAAACGGGGAGAGGUCCCCAAAGUCACUAGAUGCUCUGGAGUCAGCCCAAUCAGAAGAGGACGUGGAUGAACUGUCCCUCAUUGACCACAAUGAAAUUAUGGCCAGGCUGACACUCAAGCAAGAGGGUGAUGAUGGGCCAGAUGUUCGUGGAGGUUCAGGAGACAUCUUACUGGUCCAUGCUACUGAGACAGACAGAAAAGACCUGGUGCUGUACUGUGAGGCCUUCCUGACCACCUACAGGACCUUCAUCAGCCCUGAGGAGCUCAUCAAGAAACUGCAAUACCGGUAUGAGAAGUUCUCUCCCUUCGCUGACACAUUCAAGAAGCGAGUCAGCAAGAACACUUUCUUUGUGCUGGUGCGAGUGGUGGAUGAGCUAUGCCUGGUGGAGCUGACCGAGGAGAUCCUGAAACUGCUGAUGGAGCUGGUCUUCCGCCUCGUGUGCAGCGGAGAGCUCAGCCUGGCCCGCGUGCUCCGGAAGAACAUACUGGACAAAGUGGACCAGAAGAAGCUGCUCAGGUGUGCCCAUUCCGACCAGCCUCUGGCAGCCAGGGGUGUCGCAGCCAGGCCAGGGACCUUGCAUGAUUUCCACAGCCACGAGAUAGCAGAGCAGCUGACACUGCUGGACGCCGAGCUUUUCUAUAAGAUAGAGAUCCCAGAAGUGUUGCUUUGGGCCAAAGAGCAGAAUGAGGAGAAGAGCCCCAAUCUGACCCAGUUCACAGAGCACUUCAACAACAUGUCCUACUGGGUACGGUCCAUCAUCAUGCUGCAGGAGAAGGCCCAGGACCGGGAGAGGCUGCUCCUGAAGUUCAUCAAGAUCAUGAAGCACCUACGCAAGCUGAACAACUUCAACUCCUACCUGGCCAUCCUCUCAGCUCUGGACUCGGCCCCCAUCCGCAGACUGGAGUGGCAGAGGCAGACCUCAGAGGGCCUGGCCGAGUACUGCACAUUGAUUGACAGCUCGUCCUCUUUCCGCGCCUACCGGGCUGCCCUCUCAGAGGUGGAACCCCCGUGUAUCCCAUACCUAGGUCUGAUCCUGCAGGACCUGACCUUCGUUCACCUGGGAAACCCAGACUAUAUCGACGGGAAAGUGAACUUCUCCAAGCGGUGGCAACAGUUCAACAUCUUGGACAGCAUGCGGUGCUUCCAGCAGGUGCACUAUGAAAUCCGGAGAAACGACGACAUCAUAAACUUCUUCAAUGACUUCAGCGACCACCUGGCCGAGGAGGCCCUAUGGGAACUCUCUCUAAAAAUCAAACCCAGGAACAUCACAAGGCGGAAAACAGACCGUGAGGAGAAGACCUAGGAGCAGGCUGGGUGUGAGAACGCCGAGCGGCCCAGAGAGGACCUGGACCAUCCCAGCUUCAGAGCCUGUCCACAGCUUGGCUGUGUGGCAGCACCGAGCCUGCUGGCUGGUUUCCUGCCUCUCUCCCUGUGGCUAAAGCCCCAGGGCCCACAACAAGCGCAGGCAUCACGACUGGCUUGUGAACUGGCGGCCCCUGGUCUGGUUUUGUUUUGUUUUCUGUCAGUGCUCCCUCCUGUUCCCUACGUCCCCCUCCAGCUGGGGAGCAACAGAGACCUGAGCAGCACUAGGGCAAUGGUGGCUCCAGCCCUCAAGGCUGCCCUAGCCUGCUUAAGUGGCAGAUGAGAGGAGGCCCCAGGACCCUUGGGUGGGUGCCCUCCAGGGCACCUGAAGCCAGGGGAGAUGGGAGGCAGAAGGUGGAGAAGGACCAUGGCAGGAAUCUUUUGCUGUCCAUUCCCUGCCUUUUAAAUGCAGAGGAGGGGGCGUGUAGACCUGGCCCAGACAACCAGGUGGGUGACAGACAGCAGCCAGAGCUGGCAUUCCUCACAGCACUGGCCCCAGACCUGUCCUGCCGUGCAUGACGGCUCACCUGCUGCACUGUGACAGCUCCAUGAGCACCUUCCGUCCUGAUGCGCCCACCACUGCCCAGCCCCAGCCCCAGCCCUAGCCCACACCACACCACUGGCACUGUGGGGAUCAGGAAGAGGAGGCAGAAGGAAGCAGGAGUCCGUGCUGAGCUGGGGCCAAGGCUGUGCUUCUGAGUAGAUCAAAGAGUGAGGAUCUUAGUGACCUAGGGAGAGGCAGGCAGCCCCUCCAUGCUUGCUGUGUGCCUUAAAUGCCACCUCCUGUCCCUUCCAGGCCUAUGGGCUUCUCUCUUACUUUGCCCCAGUCCUGGCAGCCAACAGGUCCCUAGUCCCCUUCUGCUCCCUGGGAAUUCCAGGUGUCCCCGAGAAGACUGAGCAGGCCUGGGGUGUGAGUGCCUCCAGAGCCUCCUGAUUCCAGGCAGGUGCUCUUCCCCGACUCGGAGCAACCCACUGCUGCUGAGGUUGACAGUCGAGGGCAAGAUGUUCAGAGCUCAGUGCUGGGGCCCACAGGCCGUGGCUCCACGACCAUCACCGUGGCUAGGUGGCAGGGCUCGGGUCAGAAUCCAGACAUGCUGCUGGCCCUGCCCCAGGCCUCCAGUUCACUUUUGCAUGAACAAGCAGCCAUUUCUUCUGGUCAAGUGGACUCCAGGAUCUCUGUGCUUCCUCAACCCAGUCGUCACAGCAGAAGAGAAGGCGGAGCAACAGCUGCUGGCUGGGAACAAGUUUGAAACAACUGUCGCUCUGAACCCCUCCUGGGUUUUUUUUUAGCAGCUUUCAUCAAAAAAGGAACUGUGGUCUGUUCUGCCCUCCCUCCUGUUUAUUUCUGCUGUAAAUAGAGAGGGGGCGUCCAGGAACAGCCCCUUGGCCAGCCCCCUCUGGCAGCAGCCGGGGCAGGUGGUGUAAGGAGUGUGUGGAGUCAGGCUUGUGAGCAGUUGUGUGGUUUUGUUUCUCUGCGGGUCCUUCCAUUUCAGUCUGCCUCCUGUCCCUCGCCAGCUGAGUGCUGCUGUGUGAGUGGGGGCACUGUGCACACAGGGCCCUUCCUCCAGCCUCCCUCUGCAGCACAGGCCAUCAGGCCAGCCUGCUGGUACCACAGCAGACAUCAGGUCUGGGGUCUGGCGCCUGCAGCUUCCCAACCAUGAGCUGGACAGAAGGGAAAGCUCACCUUCCAGAUGUGGAGAAAUGAGGGCCUCCUGUAGUCCUGGGAGCCUUCAGCGCCCAAAGCAAAGGACUGGGUCAGCUCUGGGGCCUCGUGUGGGGACAGCAAGGUGCCAUGUGUGGGUUUAACUUAUUGCCAGCAGGCUUCCCUAGUCACCUGAGCCCAGUGCUCACUGCAGCCUGGCUUCCACAUGUCUGUCUUGGGGGUGGGCAGCUGGGAGAGCUGUGGAGAUCAGUCUUUGUAGGCUUACUGAGUGGCAUGGACAAUCUGGUUCUCAGCAGAGGCCAGCCCUUACCUGUGGGUAUGAUAUGGUCAAGGCUAAGGCAAGCAAAUGCCACAGGCUGGCCCUUGAACCGAGACGCCUGCCCAAUGCCUGCCUCCCAGUGUGAAGCUGUAAUAUAAAUCCCCCCCCUAACCUGUCGGACAGAGGCAUCUUCCUAAGACAUUACAAGCGCGUAACUUUUAUAUGAAAAAAUAAACAGACAAAAGCCCGUC